GUGUAUCGAUGGAGCAAGUAGAAAUGCUUCUUGCGCAGGCGCGAGGAUUGAGCCACGAGCAUCUCAAGGCUUCAAUCCAUCGAGGGUUUUGUGAAUUUUGGGGGGAUUUUUCGAUGGGAGGCUUGAGGUGAGGAGCGGAUCUGACAUGCUGAAUUCGAAAGCAGUAAUUUGAUAAAGACUCCAGGCCGUGAGAGCCAUGGCUGGGGAUCCUGAGAAGCGAUUUGAACGGGCGAUGGGCCGCCUCUUUUCAACAACCAAGUCUUCGACUUCGCCACCCGCCCCCGCUGCCAGUUCAGCGGGAGCUUCUACCCCAUCACGCAUCAGCAACAUGGCUAGUGUAGAUCGACGGGGACAAACCAGGGCAGUCACACCUUUAUCGACCCCGAGUUCACGACCUCCUCGAGCAGCCGUUAGCACCAGCACCCCAGGUCAUGGUUCUGCACAGACAUUUUGCCGACCUUGGGAUCGGGGAGACCUUCUCAGACGUCUUGCAACCUUCAAGUCUAUCACUUGGUUUGGCAAACCGCAGGUGGCAGGUCCUGUAGCUUGCGCCAGAAGAGGUUGGGUGAAUGUAGACAUAGAUCUUCUUGCGUGCGAGGGAUGUGGUGCACGUCUAAGUUUUCCGGUGCCUCCCUCGUGGACGAGAACACAAGUUGAUAGUGCAGCAGAAGCAUUCGGGGAGCAGCUGGAAUCAGGACACAAAGCUUUGUGUGCUUGGAAGGGCAAUGCUUGUUCAGAGAGUCUUGCUCUCUUUCCUCCUACUCCGCUUCCCGAUCUUGUUGGAGGCUAUAAUGAUCGCUGCGAGGCUAUUUUACAACUUUCUGCACUUCCGGUCAUCUCCAGUACCGCAGUCGAUGUCCUCAAGGUUUCCAGAGGGUCACAGGUGGAGAACAUACUUGCUCAGCCUCCUCCAUUAGCUAGCGGGUUUCCGUAUGAGAACGAAAGAUACGUCUCUGGUGCCGAGUCUGGAGAGAAAUCAGAAACUGGUUACAGUUACAACGGGUUCUAUCAGGCACAGAGAUUGAUCGCUCUUUGUGGUUGGGAGCCUCGGCUCCUCCCUUACACAGUAGACUGUGAGGAGCGUACCGCGCCUUCGACAAGAACCUUCCGCUCAGUUGGUUUUUCUGAUGAAAUGAAAGCUCGAACGAUCCGAGAUCCGGGCCCUAGCGUGUUACUGGUAUCCAGAGGGGAGAGAGUGGAUGAGAAACAAGACACCGAUGGCUUCAAAGCCAGCCCUGAGAAGAAAUGCGACCCCGCUUCAGCUGUUCUGGACUGCAACCUGUGCGGAGCAAGUGUUGGAUUGUGGGGAUUCUCCACAAUUCCUCGUCCUUCAGCAAUCAUGGGUUCUGUUUUGGCAGACAUGCCAGUGACACCCAAAAGUUUCCCAAAUACACCGAUGUGCGGUGCGAGUGCAGCUAGUGGGAUCCAUGGAGGUAGUGGGCUACGUCAUCGAGGGAAACAGCCUGCAGAACAGCAAGAGGAAGCUGGUGAGGCCACUACAACUCCUGUUCGUGUAAGACCCUCUUCUCGAGGAGUGCUGGACUUGAGUCUCACAAUUGCUGGGGGUCCUCCACCCACCCAGCUAAGCUCUCCCGCCAUGAUACCUCCAACCUUUGGCCCCAUUCCCGCGUUUCAGCCUAGAUUCGGACAAGCGGAGGCCAGCGAAAUGGGCGAUUGGGUGGCAUCGUAUGAAUCUCGAGGUCCACAGGUCCGGGAUCAUGGUGCUCAUCAGGUUGGUAGCACAGUGGAUACCUCAAAUGGUAGACCAUUACCAGCUGAUAGUGCUGAAGGCACUGUUGUGGACCACAACAUGGAUGAUGGUGAGGUAGGCAAGGGGGCUGAUUCUCUUAAACGUAAGCGGAGAACAGAUAGCUCUGCCGUAGAUCAAUUUUCACAGGGAGCUGCUGUUACGUCCGGAGCUGCCAAUGCCAAUGUAGAAGUAGAGCCCGAAGUUCAAGGUACUCUUCGUAAGAGGAACAAGAGAGCACAAGGUGCGCUUAUGUUUGCAAGGCAGGAUCCGCGAGAUUUUCCUCGUUCCUCCUCGGUGAACGCGAUAGACACUUAUUAUACCCAGAAGCAGGAAAACUCUAUGGAGAGUGUAGAGAAUCAUCGUGAAGAUAGUGAUGGGCAUGAAACAGCAGCGAGUGGUGAGACCCACGAUCUAGUGGAUCAAGUCGAAGGAACCGAGACAGUUGUGCAGGCUCAGCAUAGUGGCUGUAGAGAAGCAGGGAGUGGAAGAAGUGUUCAACCUGUAGAACCAGGUCUCAGUAAGAGUGAUGAAGUGGGGUGUGAUGAAGGGGCUGAAACGAAUGUAGCUGUUAUCAGUACUGGAACAGGUACUGGUGGAGGAGCUAGUGUAGCGAUGGGGGGUGGAAGCGUAGGGAUGGAGGGCAGUCAUGAGGCUGAACUACAGGGAGAAGUGAAUGGUGCUGAUUUCUCUGUGCAUCGGACACACAGUGUUGCUGGUGAGGCAGAAUUUGUGACUGAAGUGAAUGAGAAUCAGGGUUUGAUGGGAGAGUUCGUUCCUGACCGAGGCUUGAUGGGUGAAUCUGUGGCAGAGGACGCAGAAAAGGCAGACCUCCGCGAUGCACGUGGAGAUAGUCACGAAGUUAUGCUUGCAAGUGGACCCGGUAAACGACGAUCGAAAGCAAAAGGUCCGACCGAAGGUGAAUCUGGAGAGAGUAGAGGGAAGAGAAUUUGUGUCGAUGAUCGGGACCAGACUGACGACGAAGGCACCGUGGACACUACGAAGGCUGUUAUCUUUCAUGGUGACAGUGCCCUGGAAAAAGAGGCUACAGAUGGGCACAUGGCAGCUGGAAAUGCUGAUGAAGACAAUGGUUGCACUACGGUGAAUGGACCAGGACGAGGUUUGGAGGAAAUGAGGAUCUGGGAGACCGAGACUGGAGAAUUCGAUCCGAUCAGGCAGCAUCGUCAUUUCUGCCCUUGGGUGAAUGUACAGGUUGCUGCGGCGGCUAGUAGCAGUAGUUCUGCAGCGUGUGGCUGGCAGUUGACCGUGGAUGCCAUACACACGUCUCAACCUGGUGGUCUUGCGGAAACAGAGUCCACCGCUUCUAUGUAUAAAGCAGAUCCUUUGCUUUCCGUCCGCAAGAUGCUGGGUACAUCUCCCUCCAAGUUAUCACCACCCAAGCAGCAAACAAGCCGUCUUGUGACAUGAUUAGCACUUGAUAAUGGAAGAAAGUCAAAAGUGGUACGCAUGUGCUUUCAGAUUGCUGCUCUGCAGGUGGCAGUAUCUGAGUAGGUAAUGUGCGUCUCGAUCUACCUUUCAUGAUGAUUAUAUCCAGAUUGUAGCGAUUUGCCGUCUCCAAACAGGAGUCUAUUGUACUUUUUCAAAUUAUGUUGAAUUGGCUUCUAAAAUAAGUCAUGAAAAGAGGCUGCCCAUUAUGCUUUCUAUUCAAGAGAAGAUUGUAGUGUACUAGGUUACGUGCAUCUACUUGUAGAGAAGCAAGGCAAUUUUGGUACUUAGUUCAGUACGAUUUGGGUUCAGAAGGCCCAGGUCCAUGUAUACCUUUCAUUUAGCUUCAACGCUUCUGUAAACAGAUCACGAGAUUCUGUAAUGUAUUGACGUUGUCCUAGUGACGUCGAGCAUUUGAAGUUUCGUCCACUAUGCCACUUCAUCCUCGGUAUUGUUUUGGUUUUGAGGCGUAAUCCCACGAGUUGCUGUGUGAUUGUUGGGUGGCAUUCCACGUGGCUGAUUCGUCAACGAUCAGUGGAAGAUCAGGCCUUGGUCUGUUUAUUUGUGACCUGAUUUUUGCCUCAAGCACUUUUAAUUCGCCCCAUAAGGCCAGUCGAAGAUGCUUGUUAUUAUAGAUUGAGCAAAGGAGUAGCAACAAGUGAUAAAUUGGUUAUGCCUACGGUGUACGCCAUGUUGCCAUAUUUACCUCAUGGGUAUAUUGAACCAGA